AUGGUGGUGGUAAGUACCUUUUCCCGUAUCUUCGAUUUCUGCCAAGCAUCGCUAUCUUAUUAUAGUGUUUUUUGGGAUCUAUAUUGUGCAGCACCAGAACGCCGCGAACAAUUUGGUCAUUCAGAAGAAGCGAAAGCGUUUCAUGAUUACGGCUUUAUCUCAUCUAAUUUUCCACCAAAUGGAAUGCCAAAUAAUAAUCCCAAUUCCAACCCAAACUCAUUACAAAUGAAUACAAAUGAAACAAUGCCAAAUUCAACCGUACCAUAUUUUUCGCCGCCAAAUGGUCAACCCAAUAUGAUUCCAGCGCCAUUUAUACGGUAUCCAAACCCACCGCCAAGAUCUCUUGUACGUUUACCCAAUCAACCAGAUUAUAAUGGCCAGAAUGCAUUGUUACCGUCCAAUCUAGAGCCUGGACGUAAUGUUCGAUUAGGAUCGCCCGGUACUCGCUCGUUUCGUUCCGGUCAGAACAUGCCAUCUGCAAUGUCACCAUCCAUGCAAAUGGGACAAAAUCAAGGUGUUUCAGCGCGGUGGAAUAUAACAAAUUCACCGAAUCCAUGUCCUCCAAUGACUAGUCCUCAGGAUUCUAAUGGAGGAGAAAUCCCCCCUUAUCCAAUGCGACCCGGCGGUAUGGGUCCUGUUUUAUAUCAUGAACAUAUGCCCCAUAUGCAAUCAAUACCACCUGAGUUAGUUCAUGGGCCGAUAAACGGCGAAUAUGAUCAUAUGAAACAUUCUCAUUCUCCGAUGUCUGUUUCACAACAACCAACUAUGUCCAAUACUGGUCCCCCGUCUCAUCUUCCACCGGAUAUAGCAAACUUUCCUCCAUAUAAUCAAGAAUCGGAUCAUAGUAGUGGUGAUAACGAAGCAAUACAAAAAAUAAAAGAAUCUAUGCAAGAAGAAGUGAAAAAAUUUGACAAAGUAUUACAGCCACCACCGACGAACUCGGAUGAUUACCAUUAUCCAGGAAUGGGAUGA